UACUCAAUUUUUAUUGAAUUUAUGUCCUUGAAAAUGAUUUAUGGUUGCUUGGUUUGAUGAGAUAUGGAGUAUCAUUUAAUAGGGUUUUUGCAUACCAAUACAUGUGACUAUGAGAUCAAUCACAGGAAUGAGACCCCAAUUUUUAAUUUCUGACCCAUAUCAUGUGCCACAUGUACGGUUGCGUUGUCGGUGAUGCAUUUAGAUUAGUUGCCUCCCAUUUAUCUUUAUUCCUACUUUUUGUUUCUUUCUUUCAAUUUUAUAAACGAAAUUGUCAUCUUUUUUCUUCCCAUUAAUUUUUGCUGUUCUUGAUUUUUUUCAAGGUUGCAUUAUUGAGUGCAUGUGCAAUGGUUGUUAUAUAACAUUCGGGUUGCUUAUAUAUAGACUUCGAAUUGAAGUUAUUAGUGCAACACUUCAUGCUUUGGUUAUUGUUUUUUAACUUGUAAAGGAGAAAGAUACACCUUUACUAUUACUUGUAAUUCAAAUUUUGGUUUGAAUUUCUUUCCGGAACUAGUAGAAGUUUACUUGAGAGUCUGAAAGUAGUUGAAGUUUUUGAGUAUAAAGGGAGAACAUUGUGAGUUUACUCCUUGGCAUGAAUUUUGUUCAGGUAAACAAAAUGAUUGGACCGGGAUUCAUUGAUGAAAUGGACUUGGAUCUCUGCGGAGAUUUCUUUGAUCAUAUCGAUGAUUUACUUGAUUUUCCAUGUGAGGAAAUCGAAGGAAAUGGAGGAGUUAUUGGAGGAGGAGAUUGCAAUGCCUUUCAAGAUAUGUGGCCUUCAAUCCCACCACCAGAAUCGUUGGUUGAUCCUUGCUCUGGUUUCUCUAACAGCAGCUCAGAUCUUUCCACUGAACUCCCUGUUCCGCAUGAAGACAUUGUUCAAUUGGAAUGGUUAUCAAACUUUGUCGAGGAUUCUUUCUCAGCUGGAAGCAUCCCUCUCGACACAGACUUCAUUAACAACAACAAGAAGGAUGAAUCUCAUCGGUUCCGUACCUCCAGCCCAGUCUCCGUCCUCGAGAGCAAUAGCUCUUGUUCUGGUGGAAAGACAAUGUCUCUCAGUCCUGACACUGUUGUUCCUGGACGUGCACGGAGCAAGCGCCCACGACCUGCAACUUUCAAUCCACGACCCGCUCUUAAUUUUGUCUCUCCCGUUUCAUCCAUAACCAACGUCCAGAACCUAUCAGUGUCCAACUCCUAUUUAUCAUCAGAAUCAGAGAACUAUGCAGAAUCCCAUCCACCAUAUAUACCCAACUAUGAUGGUACGGAACAGAAGAAGAAGAAAAAGAAGAAGAAACUGACACCAUCUCUACCAAGUUAUAGUUCAGACCUUGACGAUUCACUUCAGCAGCAGCAGCAGCAGCAGCCUGGCGUGGCUGUCAGAAAAUGUUUGCAUUGUGAGAUAACAAAGACCCCUCAGUGGAGAGCGGGUCCAAUGGGUCCCAAGACCCUCUGCAACGCUUGUGGUGUUCGUUACAAGUCAGGGCGGCUCUUCCCCGAAUACCGUCCUGCCGCAAGUCCAACAUUCGUAGCUUCACUGCACUCCAACUCCCACAAGAAAGUCCUGGAAAUGCGAGUCAAAGGUACACCGGACGACAUGAAUCCAAUGAGUCCAGCUCCAGAAUUCUUGCCAGCAAGCAACACCCAUAUGCUUGAUUACAUAUAAGUAGGAGCUUGGAAAGAAGACAUAGUUGAAGUUUCCUUUUUUCAAUUUUAAAACUUGUACUGUUUAUCUUUCUUCCUUUUCUUUUAUUUGUAUGUUGUACAGAGUUGGGUUGGAGAGGAGGAUAGAAGCAAUAGAUGACCAACAAUAUGUUAGCUGCUAGAGAGAAAAAAAAACUUAGAGAAGGGAUGAGCAAGAGAGCAAGGAAGGCAGGCGCUUAGGUUUAGGAUUUAGAGUUUUAGAGAAGAAGAAGAAGAAGAAGAAGAAGAAGAAGAAGAAGAAGAAGAAGAAAAGCUUUAGAUCCUUGUAGGUAUUCAAAGUUGUGUUUCGUGGUUAUUUGUUUUGAAUUCUUUUUGCAGUUGUUUGAUUUGCUUAGGAAAGUCUGAUCUUUUAAUGAAAUAUUUCAUGUACAAUGUCGGA